GGCUAGUAAGGAGUAUUCAUUGCAAGUUGCAACCCUAUGAGUAUGAGGCUUUCAUCCACCGCCACCCUGAAAACCUUUCGCCAGAUCUUCCGAAAUGGCAUGUCGCCGCCGAGCGUUAACAUUUACAACUUCAGGAUCCGCGGCUUCGCCGGCGCUGGAAACUUUGAAUCAGAAUCGGCAUUGAUAGUGGCGAGAUGCAAGGAGAAGAAGGUGCGGGAAGCGUUUGGGUUGUGGAAAGCCAUGACUGACAAGGGUGUGGAGCCAAAUUUGGUUUCGUCCAAUGCGGUUAUUCAGGGGUUGUGCGAAGAAGAACGGAUAGAAGAGGCUGAGGAGGUGGUUGAGGAGAUGAAUCGGAAGGGUUUGACCCCUGAUGAGAACACUUACAUGUCUCUGUUUCAGCUGCUCUGCGACCGGUGCGAAGCAGAUAAGGCUUAUAAGGUUUUGAGUGAAAUGAUUGUUAGAGGUUUGUCACCAUCUGUCGUUAUAUACAACAAGCUUGUUAGUGCAUAUUGCGUCGGGGAGAGAGAGAGGGUUGAGAAGGCUGUGGGGAUUUUGAGGGUCAUGGCUAAGAGGGGUUUGUCCCCUGAUGCUGUUAGUUAUACCACUGUUAUAUCCGGGUUUUGUUAUCUUGACGAGCCGGAGCUGCAGUGGCGGAGCUUGCAAGGGACUGGGAGAGGGCUCGGCCCUCCUAUUGUUUUGAAAUUUUUUUUUACCAGUACUACUAUGUAAUAGUAUUAUAAUAUGUUAUGAAAUGGAAAGUACAUAUAGGUAGCUAACUAGUAACUAGCCCCGUAGGAUAGCUCAGGUGGUAGGAACUGAGGACAUAUGUGUUGGGUAGGGGGAGGUACAUGGAUCGAUUCCUGACGGGUGCAAUUUAUCUUUUCGAUUUACAAAAAAAAAGUAACUAGGUAAUUGUGUGUGUCAAAUAUGUAUGACUCUAUAGGUGUAUUUUAGGUCAUUCAAUUUAAUUUCUUGUUAUUCAACGGUUUGUACUUGUAUAGGGGGACUGAUUAAUGCAAUUUUAGCUGGCUGUAGUGGUUUGUUAUUUCCAUGGACUUGCUAGGUUUAUACAUAUUAGAUGCCUUCUCUUUUCAAAAAAAUAAAAAUCGGCCCUUCUAUAUAUUUUGGUCAAGCUCCGCCACUGCGGAGCUGGACAAGGCGCUUGAAAUGAAGGCGGAGAUGCUUCACAAGGGCAUCUUACCUGAUGCUGUCACGUAUGAGUUGCUUAUACAGACCCUGUGCCUGGAGGGAAGCUUGUCCAAAGCAUUUGAUCUCUUCCUAGAGAUGCUGCGCGGGGGUGUGUUGCCAGAUAAGCUUACUUAUUUUAUAUUGAUGAAUGCUUAUUGUCUUGAAGGUAAAUUCUGUAAGGCUUUUCAUAUGCAUCAUGAGAUGACACACAAGGGUUUUUUGCCUGAUUUUGUUUCUGGGUUUUCACCCUCUCUUGUUACAUACAAUGCGCUUAUUCAUGAACUUUGCCUUUUGGGGAGGGUUGAGGAGGCUUUGGGGAUUUUGAGGGGCAUGGCUGCGAUGGGUUUGCCCCCUGAUGCUGUAUGUUAUACCACUGUUAUAUCCGGGUUAUGCAAAAUCGGGGAGCCGAGGAAGGCAUAUGAAUUGAAGUUGGAGAUGGACGGAAAGAACUUCUGGUGGCUGGAUCUAGACACAUAUGACUCGCUUAUGGAAGACCUGUCGGAUGAGGAUAUUUAUUCUAAUAUGAUGAAUGAUUAUUUUGCUCAAGGUAACAUGAAAAAGGUUUAUAGAUUGGAUUAUGAUAUGAAACACGAUGGUUACUUAACUAGUGACGUUAUCUUUCGUGUGUAUCUGAAUGCACUUAAUAAGAAAGCCAGGACAAUAGAUGCUAAGAGGACCCUUCUGGAUAUGAUUUAUAAAAACUUGUGGACUAAGCCAUCUUAUUUUACAUAUGAUACUCUGAUAGAGAACUGCAGUAAUAAUGAAUUUAAGAGUUUGGUAGGGCUUGUCAAAGAUUUCAGCAUGAGGGGUUUAGUGGGUGAUGCCGGCAGAGCUCGUGACACAAUGCUUCACGGGAAUUAUAAGCCAGAGGGAUCAGUUUAUAAUUUAUUAAUAUUUGAUCAUUGUAGAUCUUAUAAUGUUAAUAAGGCAUAUGAUAUGUACAAGGAGAUGGUGCAUUAUGGCUUUGCUCCUCAUAUGUUCUCUAUACUUGCUGUUAUUAAGGCUCUACAUUAUGAUAGAAGGUACAAUGAGAUGAUGUGGGUAAUUAAAAACACAUUGAAGAGCUGCAAUCUCAAUGAUUCUGAGCUACAUAAAGUACUUAACAAAAUUAAUGUCAGGGAAUGUGAUAUUGAUGCUCUUUUGGAUGUGCUAGCUGAAAUAGCCAUGGGUGGUCUGUUACUUGAUGGUGGAAAGUGUUCAUAUGCUUCAGCAAGUACCUAAUAUCUUUGGUUCUGCUUGUUGAACUCUGUUAUCAUAAACCUUGAGUUGACCCUUCCACCUUGCAUCUAGCAUGAUUUGGCUUGGAGGCUUGCAAUAUGGAAAGUUUUCCCUUGUUAGGAAAGCAAUUUAUCAUCUUUUACUUGGAACUCUACAGCUAUCAAAGACCUCCUUCUAGACCAGGUCGUUCAGAUCUUUUUUUUUAAUUGUCAAGUAUGAAGUUACUUGCUUUCAGUCAUAAGUAGAAAUCAGUAGCUUGGUAUUUUUUUAAUCAAAAGGUCUUUCUAACUCUUGCUAAAUUACUUUCAGGUUGGUGGGAAUCAUGUUUUAUGAUUUUAUGAAUUUCAAUAAUUUUGAAUGAGGGUUGCUGAAAUCAACAAAGUAUUAUCUGACAUGAUCUGUCAUUUAUUAUUUCACAUGAAUGAUAAAAUUUAAAUCUGUUCUCCCUAAACUCUCAAGGUCCCAAGCUCAUAGGGUAAAUCAGUAAGCUGGGGUCCGGGAUUGAAGAUGUUGGGGGGUUUCACUAACUCAAGUUCUUUCUGUCUUCUUGUAGACUCUUUCUUGUCCCUUGGUUUGUUGGGGGGUUUCACUAAAAUUAUGUGUCUUAUUACAUGUUAAAUGCGGUAAUAAUUGCUCUUCAGAGGUUACGGGUGGCUAUUUACCGUUGGGAGUUAUUGCGCUCAGACCCUUGGGUUCCCAACGGUGAACCAACGGCUUCUAGGGCCAGAGUACUUCGAAGGAUGGUUUUUAGGAGAUGCUAUGCAUUUGGUCCCUUCUUUUCGACCGAAUUGUCGCUAUGCGAGAACUGGGGAGGGACACAACCCUCCAAGCCCUUAAGCGUGUGCGCUUAAUGGACUUUAAGAUAAGAUUUCCUUUUUGAUCCGGUUGUUUAGCUAUCUGAUAACUCGUGAGGGACACUGCUAUCCAAGCCAUUUAGCGUGUGCGCUUGAUUGGCUUUAAGAUAAAACUCAUGCAAAAGCUAAAAACUUUAUGACUGAACCACCAACUGUAUAAAACUGACACCCAGAUGGAGAACAUUGCUCCAGAAUCUGAGAUAGUGCAGAGCUUGCUGCAGCUGAGAAUUUGAUGUUCAUUGGUGUCAUAGUUUUGUGAUUUUCUAGAGUUUACUUCUCAUCAUAUUAUCAGUAAUGUAAUAUCAUCCUUUCCUUUUGUCCUUUGUUGAGAUUUGACUGGUUAUCAUUACAGCUAUAACAUGUUUGGAUGAGGUUCUCUUACCUGAAUUAAGUCUGAAGUUUAGAGCUACUCACCCAGAUUUGAUUCUGACUACAAAAUCAAUUAUGGAAGAGUUUCCAAUCAUGCACUUAGCACAUAAUCUGCUCAUGUUUCUGUUUUUUAGGUAUGUUGGUGAUAUGGUAGUAACAGUAUACCUGUUGUGCGAGCGAGCUUGGUUUAUGGCUGCUCCUCCAUUUUGGGAUUGUUGCAUUACUUCCCUUCCUAUUCCUUCUCCACCACUCUUAAUUCAGCAUGAUAUUGGGGCCUUGCUUGUUUCUUUUGGCCGGGGACAUCAUUAGGAUGAUGUGUGAUCCGUUGAAAUGAGAAGGUGGACACUGUCCCAUGGUUGGUGGUGAUUCAUUAAAAGUGAGAUGCCUUAUAGUGUGUUUGGAUUAAUCACACACAUGCUGUUGCAGAGAAUGUACUUUUAUGUCAUUCAAUUCGGUCUCUAUAGUCUAUAAAAAGCUGCUUCAUCGAGCCCCAAAGGCUUUGAAUAGGUACAGCCUACCUUGGUUGCACCUGCAGGUGACCUUGAAUUGUAUAUAACUUCAUUCAAUGUUAAUGUGCAUGUGAGAGAUGUCUGCACAACCUAAGGUUGUUGUCAAAGUUGAAAGUGAAGAAUAUAUGCUGGCUUUGCAAGUAAGUUUUGUUCAGGGAAAUUUUAUGGUACAUUAGCUAAGUUCUUGUGGAAUGUGUGUAAUAUCUGUAUUGGAUACUUGCUUGCUAUAGAGGAUGACUAUUAGAGAAAAAGCUGGCAUUCAUAGAGCAAUGUAAGGUAGGAAAGUUUUUAGUUGUUCUCAAAGAAAUCUUGUGGCUAAUUUUAAUUGAACAGUGUGGAGAAGGCAAAGGAAUGAGGUCAUAGCUCUCUUGCAUAGUAGUAUUAAUUUAGGUUAUAAGUAUUAAUUUAGAUUUAGGUGACUUUUUCCUUUUCUUUUUAAUGGAAAAUAGGAGGUUUUAAAAAUCAUUUAGUUAUUACAUUUUACUUAAAAAAUAAUU